AUGUCCAACCAGGCUUCUUGCCAGGGUUGCAGCUGCUUUUACUACACUUCUCGGCGCGGCAUUCACGGAAACUGGCUGUUCCCUAACUUCCCUUUCAAGAGCUUGGGUUGCCAAGAAGUCGACUGCGGCCAGACAACUGGCUGGUUUCCAUCAUCCUUGAAGAGCCCCGACGUCGUGCAGCCGACGGAGCCAACGACCGCGGCUGGCACAAAGUCUGACCUCGAUGCCUCAACUUUAGCGUACUUGCUGCACUGGCAGCGCUACCGCAUGAUGGCUUGUGAUAUAUUUGCGCAAGAGAAAUGGAGGAGAGGUUCCAAGGGCAUACGGUCUGCCAGUUCAGCACUGCGUUUCGUUUCGAUCACAGAUAGUUGGAACGGGGAGUUUUCUCUUCUGCAAUCAACAGGGGAAGAGUACUACCUAACGCAGCAGGUGGAAUCGGUCCCACCCCUGGUCGAUAGCUCCUGGUGUUCCCAUCCCUCCCUGCAGAACACGACAACUUCGCAUCGUCGCCGGCGUAGGCCCUAUCGCGCGGCUGUGUUGGUUGCGACAGUUGGUUAUAAUGUAAUAUGGUUGACUAGACAUGAUACGUCUGCGACAAAACCCCCAUCCGGUAGAGGUCCUACCAGUUCCCCGGGUGAAGAGGCGCAGAGUGUCGCCUUUGCGUCUGGUGAUGUGCCGCUGCGUGUCGAUGGAGAUGCGGCGCUUUCGGAACCAACAUCAACCGACCUUGACAAGUGGCAAUGCGAUAAGCUGUUUGAUGGUGUUCUCGGCUCAUCCCAUAGGCCGGCACGUUUCGAACCAGCCAUCAGUGCGCCGUCAGCUUUGCCUACUUCCAUUGGCGAUUGCCAACGCCCUAUCGUCCCCUGCGACCACCAUUCUGCAAUGGCUGCAGUAGGUCGCAUCCUUUGGGCGGCGGGUGACAAGCGAAUCCCAGCAUCGCUGCAUGGCCAGGCAGAUCAAGUCCUUCUACUCGUCCUUCUAGCGUCCUUCCAUCGGGUCCUCCCUCCAAUAAUGUCACUCACACGCUUCGCUGCAUCUCGAUUUGUUACUCUGAGGGGCAUUGUGAUUCUGGCUGAGACUCCCGCGAGUCGCACCCACAAAUUCGAAACGGGAUGCUUAUCUACGCCGCAGGAUUAUGGAUCCCACUGCCAACGCCAGAAGCACCACACAUAUGCGGAUCCAGUUCGAGCAUUGGGCUGCCGUACCCACCAUGUAUCCGUACCCUUGCUCGAGGAACCUAACUUGGUCCGCGUGCGGUGUCGGUCAGGGGGAGAGGGGAGUGAGGGGGAGACUCGGGAGAGGGAAUUCCCUGGGCCUGGGAUGAAGCCGCAAGCGCGAAUUUCCCACGCAAUUGCAGGCAACCUAAUCUUCCAUUCUUCCCGUACACGACUCAUUACAUCCGCAUCGCACAUUGCUACAUACAGCUCUUGUCAGAGUAGUCAUCUUUCGAGCGAGCUCGCUGGGAUUCAUCUAGACUUCAACGUGGCCGCAUCUCAAGAAACAUCUUCUAUAGUCCGCGUCUGGUUGCAGCGCCAACGCGACCAUAACAUUCCCAGCCCCAGGAGGCAGGCAGUAAAUGAUGAGAAAUUACCCACAUUGGCGGCACGGCAGUCGCAGACGCCCCGUAUUCAAGAUUACUCCGUGUCAAGAGGCCUCGAAGCGGCAACUAGCUCCUUUCCAUGCCUCCUUGGCUGCAUCAGUCAUUUAUGGGCAGAUUUGAUGAGGCGGCGACGGUCCAUCCCGACUGCGUACCUACUGCAGCCACACGGUAAGCGAACAGCCCUGAGCCUGGCGAACAAGGCCAAGAGGCCGAGAGGCGCUGCGCUACCAGAAACACACCAUCAACGUCUUGUUGGCUUUGGAGUUGGCGGCAGAUUGACUUUCUCAAAGACAAGCUGUAUUCGUACCUACGUGAUGCGUGGUGAAGCCAUCCACGCCGACGCCGUGUCAUGGCCCACGCUUUCUUUCGACAGCAGCAUCCCCUGGGGAAGCCAAGUGAGGUGCCCAUUCGCGCGCGAGAAGAAUUUUGUACGUAAUGGCGUGCGUUUGACGUUGGCCUCUGCUCUCGCUUCUUAUCUCUCCAUACUCCAGUUUAAUUGUAGCACUACGGACAUGUGGGUGGGACGAGAGACGAGACGAGGGUCUCCUGCAUUCGGACUGACCGAAGAUCGCAACGAAUGGAUUCAAGGACCCGCUUCGAAUUGGGGGACUCUUCCCCUGGGUGCGUCGACGACUGUCAGCAGAGCAGCCGCGCCCUUCAUCCGUGCUGGUUCCUAUCAUGAACUGAUCGACAUCCGACGAGAACGAACGACUCGGAGUUGUCGCGACAAUUACCUUAUUUCGAUUGAUUAUCUAAUUAUUGGUGUAGCAUCACCAGCUGAAAAACAGGCGUUGAGAAGCGACGGCUUCGGACAUUUUACUCAUGCGCCAAGAUCACCUGAAGGCGAGGCGACCGUGGUCCUGGACACUGAAGCCCUGGCUAUCUACCCGUUCGUCUGCGGCCUGCGGUCUUUGAGAGCUUGGAGGAGGAAAGGUUUCCGGUUGGCAAGCUCAUCUUCCAGGGCUGAACGCCCGCAGCGCAGCGUAAAGGGCGGCGGGAAGGGAGGACGGCUUGGCCGACGAUGCGCUUUCCUGGCCUUGCCUUGCCUCCCGGUCGAUUCGGAUAUUUUCGAUGCUUUCCGUGAGGGGAGCCCAAAAGUCGAGCUUCAUCCGGUCACCGAGAUGAGAAUCUACGUCUGCGUCAAUGGAUCGGCGACCUAUGAGGGCAAGGCACCACCAACACCAACGGGCCCGGCGUCGAAGGCUGAUUCUCUCGCCGUGCCGCUCUUUUGCAGCAAGCCACGUUUGAAGAGCGCGGUCGCGGUCGCAGUCGCAGUCGCACUUUAUCCCAGACAACAGACCGACAGACAGACAGACAGACAGACUGCCGAUGUGGAUGAUAUGAAAGAAGUGAGAAGACAAAUUGACGCAUACUUCGUUUAUUUUACCCCGGAAACCACUUUCCCCGCGAAUCCACGGCUUGGAAGUUUGGUAACUCCAGCAAAGAAACUCCAUCCAUUACUUGAUCAAAACCACUUUUGCCGACAUCUCAUUACGUACGGACUUGAAGAGUCGAACCCGGGACAUCUCCACAUCGGCAUCCCAUCUCGCUGCCCGUCUCCAGUUUCCCACGUUCCCGUCUCCAAAGGUUCCAGACUUCCAGACUUUCCAGCGAAAGGAAAAAAGGAACCCGCCAGCCCGCACGGCGGCGCAUUGCGCACGCACUUCACGCACGCGAGCGCUGGAGCAGAGAGAGAGCCGAGCUCCGUUUCCCCGCGAUUUCCACACCAAAAUGGUCAGGUCGUGACACAUCCGAAGCUGGCCGCGAACGAAUCAAAUUAUGGAUCCAUCAGAGACAUUUACGACAAAUCGCCCGGAUUGAGGACCCGCGUGACGUUCAGCGACAGACGAUCCCUCACGCAUGGGGACGAUGACGAGGAGCAGCACUUUCGAGUCUAUUGUCCCAGUCUACUCUCGAGUGCAUCAACUCGCCUCCGCCGUGUGAGCCGUCUCUGA